CAUAGGCGGCUUGCUGAUACUAAUUUUUCUGGUGUUAACAUUCUUAAGAAGCAUAGGAAAUAGUAACAAGAUAGUGUCUUUCUCAUUAGAACCUUACAGUAACACAUUACUAGCUUUCUUUAUUUCGGUUUAUUGUGGUAAUAACCAGACAGUGUAGAAUAACACCGUCUUCAGAAAUAAAAGCACAGUAUCUUAGAAGGAAAGGAUAUGUAGAUGCUAAUGUGGGGACAGAUUUCUAAUUGCCAGUGAUUGUGAACAUAACCAUAUUUUCCUGAACAGUAAAGCCUCUACAAAAAGUAGCUAGUUAUAAAGUAAAAAAGUACUCUUCUAACUUUAAAAUCACAUCGGCAAACAUCAUAAUGUAACAAAGUAAACAAAGAAGAAAAAAAAAGAAAAACUUUGUCUAAAAAACACAGCAGGGAAAAGAGCUGAUCCUUAGAGAGGCACGCAGUUGCUUAUUAUGAGACAUUUAUAGAGUCCGAAGCAUUUUCAAAGCUGGUUACAGUCAUUACCACAGCACACUCUUGUGUGGUAAGUAUAUUAUCACCUUUGAUUCAUAAAUGAAAAAGCUGAGGCACUGGAUGAUUAAGUCACUAGCCUAAGGAGAAUGAGUCAACGUCAAGAGUCAAAGCUUGACCCGCCUAACGACUCCUGACGGUCAGUCCAGGGCUUAGUCAGCGGGACCCGGAGUGGUUCCCUGGCUGGCACCUGGACUAGGCUAUUUUCCACUCACGUUACAGCAGAGAAGUGGAACCGACAGGACAGAAUUUCCAAAUAAUUUUUAUUUCUACGAAGGAUUUAGCCCUGAGGCCUUAAUCUCAGGAUUUGGGACAGGAAAAGUUGACCGGUACACUCCCUCUCUCCAUCCCCCAUCCAGUGGCAAGUGUGUACUGUGGGCGGUUCAAUCCACCCCCUUUCGCAGUGAUGGCAAUGAAUGCUCACCAGCGAUAGCACAGCCAGGAACGUGGGAGGACUGAUUGCUUAAACAACUUUUCAUCGCCACCUGUUUUUGAAACUAAAAGAAAAUGGUGGAAGGUCAAAAGAAAACUAAAUAAACACGCAGGAAACUUGUCCCAGGACCUUAACUAAGCAAAUGAAGCCUUAUUGUGCGUGUUGAGGCUUUAGUUCCAACCUUCCGGGGAAGAUGGGAGGACAGGGCGACAAAGGGCACAGUAGGCAUGCCUGGCAGUAAGUGCGACAGUAGCUAUCCAGGGGGAAGAACAGAGGGCUGAAAACCAGACUCCAACACGCGAGUGUCCGCCGCACCAAGAACAGCGCACCCUACCCGUUGACCACGUGACCAGCUUUUUUUUUUUUAAAAUACAUCUUUGCCCCUAAAAAAUAAGGGGGGGGGGAGACUCCACUUCCCAGAAGCCUUUCGUUAUCCACGCAGCCGCAGUCUUGCGCAGGCGCCGCCAGGGCCAAACGGACACGUCCGUCACGUGGACAGCAGUCGGCCAAUCCGGUUUGAAUCUCAUUUUUUUCCUCUCACCCCCCCUUCAGGAGCGGUUGUGCGAUCAGAUCGAUCUAAGAUGGCGACUGUGGAACCGGAAACCACCCCUACUGCUAAUCCCUUGCCUACGGAAGAAGAGAAAACAGAAACUAAUCAAGAGGUUGCUAACCCAGAACACUAUAUUAAACAUCCACUACAGAAUAGAUGGGCACUCUGGUUUUUUAAAAAUGAUAAAAGCAAAACUUGGCAAGCAAACCUUCGGCUCAUCUCUAAGUUUGAUACUGUUGAAGACUUUUGGGCCUUGUACAACCAUAUCCAGUUAUCUAGUAAUUUAAUGCCUGGCUGUGACUACUCACUUUUUAAGGAUGGUAUUGAGCCCAUGUGGGAAGAUGAGAAAAACAAACGAGGAGGACGAUGGCUAAUUACAUUGAACAAACAGCAGAGACGAAGUGACCUCGAUCGCUUUUGGCUAGAGACACUGCUGUGCCUUAUUGGAGAAUCUUUUGAUGACUACAGUGAUGAUGUAUGUGGAGCUGUUGUUAAUGUUAGAGCUAAAGGUGAUAAGAUAGCAAUAUGGACUACUGAAUGUGAAAACAGAGAUGCUGUUACACAUAUAGGGAGGGUAUACAAGGAAAGGUUAGGACUUCCUCCAAAGAUAGCAAUUGGUUAUCAGUCCCAUGCAGACACAGCUACUAAGAGCGGCUCCACCACUAAAAAUAGGUUUGUUGUUUAAGAAGACACCUUCUGAGUAUUCUCAUAGGAGACUGCGUCAAGCAAUCGAGAUUUGGGAGCUGAACCAAAGCCUCUUCAAAAGCAGAGUGGACUGCAUUUAAAUUUGAUUUCCAUCUAAAUGUUGCUAAGAUAUAAGAGAAGUCUCAUUCACCUUUGUCUUGUACUUCUGUGUUCAUUUUUUUGGGGGGGUGGGGGUGGGGCUAGAAUAUCCACUCUCUCUCAAUCAAAGAAUUACAGUCCACAUCAUCCCCAGAAUCCAUUAAUGUGUUCCUGGCCCACUCUGUUAUAACUUAGUAGAAUUUACAUUAUAAAACAUUUAUCCAUCCACAAUAUUUAAAAAAAAAAACAAAAAAAAAAAACCUUGCAUUUCUAUACAUUACAGGAAAAAAAUUGUUUAUAUACUAUUGUAUGCAGGAGCAUAUUUUGCUGGUUUGAAAGAGUAUGAUGCAUACAGUUUUCUAGCAAUUUUCUCUGUUUCUUUUUACAGCAUUGUUUUUGCUGUACUCUUGCUGAUGGCUGCUAGAUUUAAUUUAUUUGUUUCCCUCCUUGAUAACAUUAGUGAUUCUGAUUUCAGUUUUUCAUUUUAUUUUGCUUUUGUUUUUUUUCUUCAUGUAAUAUUGGUGAAGGAUCCAGGAAUAUGACACAAAGGUGGAAUAAACAUUAAUUUUGUGC